GUUGUAAAUAUGUUUGUGUGUUUUCUUUUUAAAUUAAAAAAUAAUUAUUUAUAUCACACACAUGAAAAAACGAUUCCAUUAAUAUGUCUCAUGAUUACGAAAGUAUUGAAAAGUAUCAAAUGUGCUAUGUUACAAUGUGUAGAUAAAGCGUAUGUCGUGUAGUUGUCUUACGUGUAGCUUAUGACACCUCUACUGAUCGCAUUCCAUUAUUUAAGUACAGCUGAAUUUUGCCGUGAUGACGUCAAACAAUGCGAUGCGCAUAAUACGAGACGCGAUAAUUGCUUCAGUGCUAUACUCCUAUGUUUGUACAGCUACACUCUACCCAACUGUUUGUAAGUAGUAUGUUACAGUAUAGUUCUCUAAUAAUAUUUUAUAUUACCUCUUGAUGUUGCGAUUUGUAUUUUUUUUAAGGAUGUUAUUUAGGAUAUCGAUUGAAAGAGAACAACUCUAUACAUAAUAAAUGUAUUAUAUCUAGAACAAUUACGGAAAUAAUUAUACGAGUAAAACACUUAAUGAAUGUUAUUUAUAUAUCUAGACUCAUUUAAAGGAUGGCGAUACAAUAUCAUCUAAAACAAAUUACAUCGGUGGCUUUAAUAGAGAUGUGUGUCAUUAAGGUAAUAGCCAUACAAUCACAUUAGGCUUGUCAGUCUAUUUAACGUUUCGCACAUUUGUGUCUUUGAUACAAGUUAGGUAUGUUAACGUAAAGGUGCAUUUUUAAAAAUUGCUUGGUGCCAUUUUUUGGGCGCAAAUUAUCUGUUUUGUACCUUCCGCAAAUCAGAAGAUACUGUCAUUGCGAUGCCAUUCUGAUUUGUGGUUUACGUAACGUCAUUUUUGCGCCACGGCGCCAUUUUAUGUGUCAGAUUCUAACUUUUGGCGCCCCUCUGUCUCUUUGUACUGGAUCACUCAAUGAUAAGUCAAACUUACAUUUAAACACAUUUUACAACAAGGUCAAGACUUUCUAAUUUCAUAACAAAAACUAGGUUAUCAUAUAACUUAGACUUUAUUAAAUAAGAUCUAUAACACUGAUACAUAAUUAUUAUUUUUAAACAAUGACGUAUUUAGAAAAAAAUACCUUACAAUUUUAAUGGGAAAUGUUUCUUCACUGCUAAAUUCUUUUAGUACAUCUGGAUCAGUUGUAAAUUCUUUUAGUACAUCUGGAUCAGUUGUAAAUUAUGUUAGUACAUCUGGAUCAGUUGUAAAUUCUUUUAGUACAUCUAUAUCAGUUGUAAAUUCUUUUAGAACAUCUGGAUCAGUUGUAAAUUCUUUUAGUACAUCUAUAUCAGUUGUAAAUUAUUUUAGAACAUCUGGAUCAGUUGUAAAUUCUUUUAGUACAUCUGGAUCAGUUGUGCGGGAAAACCGUAACUGUUAACGGUGACGUCAGACUUGCAAUCUCAGAGAAAACGUACCUGCCCAGUAACACAUUUUGCGCCCUGACGCUCAAGCCAGACAAAGGGACGGCACUUGUGGCUAACUUCCGCAAGUUCAGCAUCGAUCCGAAGUACAGGAACAGUAUAGAUGAAUGUCAGGUGGAGGCUGUACAGCUUACAUGGCCAGGGGGAGACUACUUUGGUAAGUGAACAUGGGGUGGUCUAUACUCUCAUCUCUAUUGCCGGGGUGACCAGCUCCAUUGCAGGAGCAGCCAGUUCCAUUGCAGGGGUGACCACAUCUAUUGCAGGCAGGGUUUCUUUCAGCUAUAUCUCCGGGGGGGGGGGGCAGUGCCCCCCUCACUGGGAAAGUCAAGUGGCCCCCCGGAGGAAAAAUUUGUGCAACAANCCCCGAAAAUAUGAAGUGCUCCCCGGGGGGAAAAUUUCUGAAAGAAACACUGAUUGCAGGGGUGACCACCUCUAUAGCAGGGGUGACCACCUCUAUAGCAGGGGUGGUCAGCUCUAGUGCAGGGAUUACCAUCCCUAAUACAGGGAUACCACCUCUAUUACCACGUCAGCUAUUGCUGUCCGCGGAUGCCAGGUUUAUCGUUCUUUAUUCAACUUGCGAACAAAUGGAUCAACAACAAAAAAAAAAAAAACUAUCUGAGAGGAAGAUACAAUUACAUCAAAUACGUUUAUUCUCAUUCUCUAUUGUUAUUUGCCAUUUCAUGGUGAGCAUUAUUAAGGGUGCUGGGUGGCCGAAUGGUCUAAACUGAGCAAAUCUCAAGUUGGUGGUCUGGAGUUCAAUUCCAGCCAGAGCCCAGGGUAGAUGAGACUCGUUAACCUUGGAUCUAAGAGAAGGAAACCCUGAAAUCAAACCCGGAGCUGGAGUCCCGAAAGGCGGAGAACAUUGAUAGAAUGAAACAUUCCGGCAACUCCUGCGACGUCACUGGUGCCAAGCUGUAUCAUCCAAAUGAUGUUCCCUUGGGUUACCCAGAGGCGUGGAGAGAGGCGAUUUGCUGUUGGGAACCAGCCUAUAAUCCUUGAAGUUUAAUCCCAGGCUAUGUGGAUUUCAUCCUACGAAGCCCACUCCAUCGUCACAUUGUGACGGACGGAUGCCAGAAGAAAAAAAAAUUAUUAAGUACAGACAAACAUAAUUUGUUUCGAACAUUUACUGGGUGUUUAUUUUAAUAUAAGGUGUGAUGCCAUGCAGCUGGGAAGGGGGGGGGGCGCGUGGACGGUUUUCUUGCUCUAUUUCCUUUUGUGAUGAAGGAACGUAGAAUAAAUCUCUCAAAUAAAAUAAUAAUAAUUUGUUUCGUUGUGCGGUUCGUUACGUAUUCUCCCUAAACGAGCUUCUGCUUUUAAAAAAAAUAAAAUAUGUUGAGUCCAUUGAACAAAAAGAGCGUCUUGCGUAAUAAUAUGAGAACUUACUUCAAAUUCGACACAUAUUUUCACACUUUAUAUCAAUGUAACACUCGGUGACUAGACGUGAAAUUUUGACAGUGGCCGGUAAAAGCUGAAGAAGCAAUCGUCACUAAACUUCUUAUUUGGAUGCUAUUUUGGAUAUUUGGCGGUUACCCUUAAGACCUUUAAAAUUAAAUCAUAUUGUCCUCGGAAAUAAUCAGAGACUCGGACUCGUGUGGGGUUGAAGUUCAUUGUCAAAAGAGCCUUCUAGAAAAAGACUUUUGUAUUAUAGGUGACCGUGGCUACUGCGGGUCAGGCAGACCGGGAGAUCAAUACAUGUUGGGGAAUUUAGGAACCUUGAGCUACACUACCUGGAACGGAAUUCACAUACUUACAGCGGACGUGGACCUGCUGGUGUCGGAGAUUUUCUACAAAACAGACGGUAGGUCAACGUGACAUUGAGGAAACAUUUUUUUUAGUGUAAAAGCUCUCUAUAAUAUUAAAAACUCUAUUGGUAGUAUUCAAUGGUAAUGGUAAUACAACACAUAUUUCAAAUAACUUCCACUGACACUCAGUGUCCAAUGUUAGUGGUGUAAUUUUUUUUAUAAGAACUAAAAUUGUUAUUAAUUCCACUCAUUAUAUUUAAACGUUGUAAACGGAAGUCAAACUUUAAAUUUUUUUUCAUGCUAAACAGAACGCAAAUAUCUUUUCGCCUUUUCCUAAUUUAUGCUGAGAUAUGCCCAUUUAAUAAAUUUAAUAAUUUAUAUAUCUUAUGCAUUGCUAAUCGUUUGUUGUUGUCAAUUAAGAAUACUAUUCUUAGCGUUAUCAUUAGUUAUCAUAAGCAAUUAUUGACUAUGGUAAAUCGCAGAACGAAAAUUCACCAUAAAAUAGUAGUUAAAUACUGAAAUAGAACAUUAGGAAAUGGCGUCAGCGAGCCGUCGAGCUUUGUACCAAGCUCAUUAUGCCCUCCCCAACCCGCCCCCCCCCCCGCCCGAUAUCGGACUGCGAAGCGGCAAGUUGGAGAUUUCACUUUGUCAGGACAGACCCCGACAGCACCCACUCGAUCCGGUACCCCAGGAGGUCACCCCAGCCCACAGGAUCAGCAGACAUUUUCCCAGGAGUCGGGAUGUUAUAUUUAUGUCCGAAAAUCUUCCACCCUCCCAUCUGUCAGACGACCUCUAAUAGGGAUUUCCACAGUGGGUUUCUACCUCGCAACGUAUUCACGAAACAGCUGGGACGAAACGGUUGCCUGGGAACAGCGUCCUCAUUUUCUGUGUAAAUAGUUAAAUACAAAAACAUUCAUGUAUUUAAAAAAAAUAAAAUUGUUUUAUGUUUUAUCAGUAUGCCCCAAAGGAACAUUUGACUGUGGGAUAGACAGCUUGUGCAUAGAUGAAGAUCUGACAUGUAACGGAUACAAGGACUGUGGUAACGGCAGCUAUGAAGGGGCCGCUGUACUACUACAAUCACGCCUGGAGUUAUAGCUGCUAUCGUUGCAGGGGCAGUGUCUGCGACGAUCCUCGCAGUUAUUGCAGGCCUGCUGAUACGUAGGCACAGAGGGAGGACAUCGUACACAGAGUGCCAGUGAAGUUAUUUGAAUUCUUUUUGUUUGUUAUUGAGACCAUGUUAUGUUAGCUUGUUUGACGUUUUACUAUAACUUGUUGGGAGUCUAUUGGCGAAACAUCUUCUCGUAGUGGAUAACUAAAAUUUUAACCCCUCCCCCCCCCUUUCCUUUUCCUCUACCAAAAUAAACAAAACAAAAAAAACACAAAAAAACGAACAUAUUUUUUUAAAGUAAAUGCAUUAGAAAUGAAUUAUAAACUUCUAAACCCAGAUAUUGUAUAAUUUUUUUUUAAUCUUAAGAAAAAUAGCUUGUAAAUUUUGCCCCCCCCCCCACCCCACCUAAAAAAAAAACCAGGUAUUAUACUAGACUAUAUUUCCAUACUUUUUUUACAGCGUAUCAUUUCCGAGUAAAUAUUAAAUAAAAAGUUGUCUACAAACAACGGCCAAUUGAAAAUAGCGUAUUUUUAAAUGAUGCCAAAAAUGACUGUUUCAUAUUAGCAUUUAGCUUUUUUUUGUUUAGUCUUAGAUGCCUCGAGAAAAGCAAACAAUUUAUUGUUGCUUGAAUAAACAUUUUUCUUAAACUGCCGGUAUCAGUCUUAAUUCCUUAUUACUUUAUAGACAUAUAUAUAUAUAUAUAUAUAUAUAUAUAUAUAUAUAUAUAUAUAUAUAUAUAUAUAUAUAUAUAUAUAUAUAUAGAGAGAAAUUUUUUUUUAUACUUUUUUUUAUAUAUCUUAUAUAUAUAUAUAUAUAUAUAUAUAUAUAUAUAUAUAUAUAUAUAUAUAUAUAUAUAUAUAUAUAUAUUCCUAGGCAACGAGUGAAACUGUUGUUUAAACUUUGAGUUAUAUCUCAGGUAGACCAACAUAUUCCAAGUCAUAUUACUAAUGUAGAGUAGAUCUUUGAGCUCCACACAGAGGACAUACGUGCAUUUAAACGUUCCGGUAUAGCAGAGAAUGGCAGCAAUAUCAGCCUCGCAAUGGAUGUGACUAGACUGGUUCUGUCAAAAAAAAAUAAUAAUAAAUAAAUAAAAACAGCCACAUUCACAGCUUGUGCUAAGGAUCAGUUCCCUGGAAAUUUUGUUGUGUGUGUUUAUUUCGAAGAUAUUUGUGUGUCUCAAUUGAUUCCACCCAACAUUAAAUAGAACACACAAAGUUAUACUGUUGCAGUUACUAUUCACUAUAAACAGAUGGGUCAAUAUUUUGUGGAUGAAAUGUAUCAGCCAUUUUUAGGGAUAUCCCAAUGGAUAUUACAACCAGUUAUCGGAAAUAUAGAAUACUGGUUUUAAAGCCUGGUUUCUAUUCGGAACUCUGGUAUUGCAGGAAGAUCUAACAUAGAAGUCCAUAGAGACUUUGUUAUUGCAGGAAGACCUAUAACAAAGAAGUACAUAAAGACUCUGGUGGUUUUUCUGGAAGACCUAACAUUGAAGUCCAUAGAGACUUUGGUAUUGCAGAAAGACUAAAAAAAGUCCAUAUAGAUUUUGGUAUUGUAGGAACUCGUAAAAAAAAAAAAAAGCUGUCGGAAGACUUUGCCACUCAUCCAGCCAGUCAGUCAGUCAGUCAGUCAGCCAGUCAGUCAGUCAGUCAGCCAGCCAGUCAGUCAGUCAGCCAGCCAGUCAGUCAGUCAGCCAGUCAGCCAGUCAGUCAGCCAGCCAGUCAGUCAGCCAGCCAGUCAGCCAGCCAGCCAGCCAGUCAGUCAGCUAGCCAGCCAGUCAGUCAGCCAGCCACAAACUAAAGCGAAGUUAAUAUAUAUGAUUUAACAAAGAUUUAAAUAUGUUAAGGACGAACCAUAUAAACUAUAACAUCAUAUAGAUCAGUAAUCCUAAAUUUUUUUAAGCAGAGGCGUAGCUAGGGUUGGUUUCACCUGGUGCGGUAAACUCAUAGUGUCACCCCUUUUCCAUCGACUUCCGCGAUGGAUUUCUUCUUUUAAAAAUUCGUGAAAAUUUUUAGACUACUUAAAUUUGGGUCAUUGUAACAGUAACAGCUUAACCGUAAUGUGUGUAUCGAAACAAAGAAAUCAGAUCACACUAAAGACCAGGAAAGAAUCAUUUUAAAUGAAGUAAAUUGAAUGUAAAAAUAAGUAUAACUUAAAGUUGUUAUGGUACAGUUAUUAAAUAACUUUACGUCCUGAUCAUCAAUCAAUUUCUUUUUGGUUUUUCACAUUGUUAUACUGCGGAUUUAUUUUAAGUUACACCAGUGGUUCCCAGCCUUCCUAAUGCCGCGACCCUUUAAUACAGUUCCUCGUGUUGUGGUGACCCCUAACAAUUAAAUUAUUUUCGUGGCGUUGCUACUUCAUAAAUAUGUGUUUCCAGAUGGUCUUAAGCGAUCCACGUGAAAGGGUCGUUCGACCCCAGUAGGCGUCGCGACCCGCAGGCAGAGAACCGCUGAAUACAGUUAUUGGCCUACCAUCGCCAUACUUAAUUUUGUUUUUGAUUUGGAUGUAUUUAUAAUUUAUUUUAUUUUAUGAUCAUCAACAUAUGUGUGAGUAGGCCUAUAAAUACCACUUUUCCACUUUUUGUUGUAGAAGAAAUUAAUGAAUUAAUAAUUAGACAUAAUCUAGGCUAUGAUUCAUAGCCUUGAGUAUGUUCCGGUCCAGAGGCGUAGCGAGGGUGUUUGGGGCCCGGGGACAAGAGUCGCGCCCGGGGACAAGAUCAAUUUUAAAGCGCCCCUUUUCUUUUUUUCAACUCUCAAACCUAUUAUUUUUACCAAUAAUUAAUAAUAUAAUAUAAAAGCACAUUUUGGCGCCCCUAACUAGCUUGUGCCCGGGGACAUCUGUCCCCCCAUGCCCCGCCCCCCUCGCUACGCCUCUGUUCCGGUCUCAGCCUUUGCUUGACAUGGCACGGGUUCCUUGUGAAAUGUUAAUAUAAACAAAUAAUAAUAUUUUAAAUGCUCAAUGUACGAUAAUUGAAAGAUAUAGAAUGGAUGUAUAGCCAUUGACGUUUUAUUUGAACUAAGUGAACUAAGAUUUGGCAGUAGGCUACUCAGAAAAAGCACAGAAUUUUAUUUUCAAGAACUAUCUCUAUUUAAAAAGUUUAAAAUUUUCAAAAUAAAAGAAAAAAAUUCAUACCCCCCCCCUCCCCAACUUCAAUAAAACGAAAAAAAAAAAAAAUGUAAAAAAAAAAACCAAUCAAAAAAAAAAAAAAAAAAAAAAAAAAAAAAAAAAAAAAAAAUAAAAAUUUAAAAUUUUCAAAAAAAAAAAAAAAAAAUCAUACCCCCCCCCCCCCCCACAUCAAAAAAAAAAAAAAAAAAAAAAAAAUAAAAAAAGAGACCAAAAAAAAAAAAAAAAAAAAAAAAAAAGGGUUCCGCAAAUAAAAAAUAUUUACGGACCCGUAUUGUGCAAAGUUGCCGGAAGUAAACAAGGACAAGCCAACAAAUAUGCCGGCAUCGAGAGUUCUUGUUUUAUAUUUAGACUGAUUUAAUUGACUUCAUACUUACAAUCUGCAGACACUCAUACUAGAAAAGUGCGUUUCAAACUUUUCACGUUGAUGAUACCUAGCCAAAUAAGCGGAUGAUCUAACUAACCUAUUUUAAGACAUACUGACCUUGACAUAAUAUUAAGUCUUAAGUAGUGUUUAUUUAAAUAAAAGUCAAUGAAGUAAUAAGUAAACUGUCAUGUCCAUGUUAAAGUGAUAAAAAAAACAAAAAAACGAAGUGUCCUGAUCCUGAUUGAAUUUAAAUAAUUUCAUUCAUUUGGAAGUAUGAAUGAUAACGAAUAUAUAAUAUAUAGUAAUAUAUACAGUUUAUAAUACACAAGCAAGAUAUCUCAGGAAACUUUUCCUUGAAUAUUUUUCUAUGUAGUGCUAGGGCUAGUUCCACCCUGGGCAGGCCAAGACCUUGUCAUCCCCCUCAUCAGGCUCACCCAUCAACACUUAUUAACUCUUUCCAUGCCAGGGGGUUUUCCACGUUUGUGCCAGACCAGUAUUCGGCCAAUGGAAAUUUUUGAGGGUGCUCCUAUCUAUUAAUUAAUUUUGAAUACAUUUCUUUUAGCAAGAUAUCAAAUUAAAGGAAAUUAGACAGAGAAUAAUAAUAUUUAAUUGUAAGUAAAAGAUAAAGCAAUAUAACAACAAAAGUUUUUUUUUUUUUGGAUAAUAUUUUGAGAUCAAAUUUUUUAUAUUUUUAAAAUUGCGGCCCAAAUCUGAACUUACCAGACUACCAUACGGUCUGUGUAGCUGAUAUCCUAUUCUGCUUCAAUCCUCAAAUAGUAUAUCCAUUUUUGAUCAUAAUGCAUUUUACAUUUUGAAAAUAUCCCAUUUUGUUAAAGAGUUAUACCCAUUUUUGAAACGUUAGGAGUAUUCUUAUCUGAUUCCUCACUGUCGCCAUAGUAACAAAGUGGUUUUGAAAAAAAUUCAUAACUUUUGAACCACUUGAGCUAGAAAGUUGAUCUGGGUGUUUUUUAAUCCAUUACCUAGGCUCUAUACAUCCGUGAUAUUUUUAUAUUUAAAAAAAUGUUUUGAAAUUUUUAUGAAAGUAUCAACUAUCGCCAUUCUUUUACUAUUUCCAUUUGGCAUUUACUGACCCAUCUAAAUGCUGAAAAUCAUCAUCUGGAAUCAGAUUCAAAUGAUUCAUGGUUAUUGUCUGUUGUUUCAGCAUCAAUAAUUAGCCAUAAUAAAAGUUCUUUUGUUUGCAAAAUUGACUUCCUACGUGGUCUUGGAACAGCUGACAUGCUUGGAGUGGGUGUGGCCAUUGCUUUGUUUACAAAAGAUUCAACACAAAUUGAACUAUUAUUAGAAAAAACAUGUGUAAACUUACUACUUCCUUUCUGUUAGAAGUAGGGCAUGAGUUAUCCUUCGCACAAACACGACCAGUCCAAUCGCCAGUAUAAUGUGGAUUGGCACUGAAAGAGUUAAAAUUUAAAUUUAAAUUAUAGAAAAAAAUCCUCAGAACACCGGUCCCAAAUUAAAAAUUGGAAACUUUUUAUGAGAAAGUGUCCGGCUACCAGCCUUGUAGCAGCCAAUAAUAGGUCACAUAAUUUUUUACUUAUUACAAAAUUUUGUUUGCAGACUAAUUAUUGCUAGUCUAGUAAUAAUAUAAAAUAAGCAGUACCAUAUUUCAAAUAUUAGGAAACAUUCUAAAAAUGUAUGACACAACGCUAAAGGCAUUAAUAACAAUUAAUAAGACUGAGAACUCUUAAAUCAUUUACCUUCUAUUUAUUGCUUAUAAAAAAAUGUAAUUCAAAUAAGCUUUUCACAACAGUGUUUUAACCUUUUGAUAGAAUUCCAAAUAUUUUUAGUACAAAUAGCAACAGCUCUUCUUUCCUUGAUAUCUGCCGCAAUUUAUUGGACUAAAUCAACUUGUGUUUAGUGAAUUUGUGGUCCCAAUUUUUUAAAAUAUCUGUCCAUUUGUAAAAAAAAAGUUUUUUCAUUGACUUUGAAAUGAAAAAUAUCUUAUAGGAAAUCUUAAUAUUUUUUCCCACUGAAAUGCUUUUUACAGGUGCCAUUAUAAAGUGGAACCUCUAACAAGAAGAAAAUUUUGGCCUAUAAUACCAAAAUAAAUCUAUCGGAAAGUGCCUUAUUAUUGACAAUUCCAAACCAAAAUUGUAAUGGAUCCUCUGAGACUCAGGCAAUGUAUAGCAUUUGCAUUAGGAUGGGUUGCCUAUGCAGCUACAUACUUUCUACGAAAACCCUUGGGUGUGGUAAGUAUUUUAAUUUCUCCUUAAAAGUGAAUUGGAAGAUACUGUAUUUUGAAAUUUAAUUUUUUUAAAUCAUAUAUUCUCUUGGAUUAUUAAGUUUCUAAUCAGUGUGUACACUUUAAGAAAUAUCUUUAUUGUAAAGGGGGCAAUGAAGAAGAUUGCAAUUUAUAUUGAGUACACUGGGUUUCUUUUUCAGAUAAAAGCAGACCUGCAGUCAUUUAUGAGUUUGACUAAUGCACAGCUUGGUUGGCUGGACACUGCUCUCCUUUUUCCAUAUGCCUUUAUGCAAGUAAGUUAAUUUAAACUCUUAGACUAUUUUGUCAACAUCAUUUUUGUCAACACUUGAAUAUUAAAUUUUUUAAAUCAUCCCUAAAACGUCUUCACAAUUUAAACAUUAAAAAUAUUCCUCUUUAGGAAACUUCUAAAAAGGUGCAUUUCCAAAUAGCUGAUAUCAUUUUGGGUUACUAUUGCAGUGUUAAAUUUAGCUUGGCUAAGCAUACAUUAACAAUGAGUUCAGAAUCUGCCACAAGCAACCAAUAACCAAUGAUAAACAUGCACCUUAAAAGUUAUUGUCCUGAUGUAAUCUUUCUUUUUGGUUUAAAUUUGUUGAAAAGUGCAAGCUAUAUUAAUAGGAAGUAUUAGGUAAAUGUGGUAAUAACUGAAUAUUUUAUCUUGUAAUUGUUCAUUUUUAAAUGUAAUAUUAUUAUAUAAUAGGUAGUGGGUUCAUUUUUAAUUGCUCAUAGUUUUAAAAAUUAUCUAUUCAAACAUACUUAUAGAUUUGUAUACAUUUUAAAUACAUAUUCAUUUUUCAGAUAAUUUUGGGACCACUAGGAGACAGGUUUGGUGCUCGUAAAACUUUUGGAGUGUGCAUGAUGUUGUCUGCAUUGUCCAUGGUAAGUGGCAAUACUCUGAGCUGUUUAAUUUCUUAUCAACUAAACAAAUGCAUGUCUUUACACUGCUGCAUUUGGUAAAAAGGAUAUUCUUAUGUAAAUCCAAAUUUUUAUUAUUUAAAAUUUGUCUGACCGCAGCUUGGUUAUUGUGAUGAGACUUACCAUAAUAAAUAAUAUAUAUUACUGUGUAUAAAGGGAGCAAUUUAGAGUCAAAAAUGCAACUUAAAGCUAGGAUUUCACUUUAUAAGGGCAUGUAAGAAAUUUCUCAAUACCCUUAAACGAUGCUAAUGCUUAUACAACCAAAUCUUCUUUGCCCACGUGCAUAAGACCAGUAAUGCAAGAAGCCCCUUUGACAGGAUAUCAGCAUAGUCAUUUCAAUGUGACCACAGUUCAUAUAUUUUAUUAAUUUAACACAUUUUGCCAGUUUGCUCAUAAAGAAAUAUUUAUUUCGUUCAUACAUAGUGUAUUAUUAUGGAACAAGAUUAAUAAGAGAUUGCAUUAUAGAAGGACACUGAAUUUUAUGGCUUUUAAAAAAAAUUAAUUAAAUGUUCACAUUAUACAUGGAUUAUGUUAUACACAGUAAUAUGCAGUAGUUUUUCUUAAUACAUGAUAUUUGUAAUCUUUCAGAUUUCAUUUGGUUAUUUCUCCAAUUUCAUGAUAUGGUUUCUUCUUCUGUUCUUGAAUGGAACAGCUCAGGUGGGUAUUUCACUUUGUAAUGAUGCUAUAAAGGUUUAAAUCUCCACAUUCUUAUACAGUGUGAGUAAAUGGAAUAACCUUACACUAACAUUUUCUUUAACAGAGGGCUAAUUAUUGGACUUCAUUAAUAAUAACUACUCGAAAAUUUUCUCCUGUUAAAAUGACAGGUUGAGGAGAAAAAUUAAAACAAAUCUAUAUUCUGCUAUAAUAACAUGAAUUUAGUGCAGAGUAUUCCCAACUUCUUGCUUAACAUGUCAUAUUACCGUUCAUUAUUUCCGUAUAGUUUUAUUUUGUUAAUACUUAAAUGUCAAACUGUGACAAAGUGGACUUCUAAAAAUGAUCAUUACCAUAAAAAAAAUUUAACUUCAACUAAAGUAAUAAAUCCAAAAUAUUAGGCAGUAUUCUCCCAAGGCCUCGCCUCAUUUGAUUAGGGACACGUCUGCUUUCUAAAUAGCAACAUCUCAACAGCGGCCGAAUUGGGCCAUUUUGUGUUUAAAUCAGUCCCUGCGGAAUUAAACCAUUGAGGGAGGAAAGGAUUUAUUCAAAAAGCUACACAAGCUAUAUAGUUCAAUUCUAAUUACAGUAUGUGACUUCAACUUGAUUAAAUCACAUCAUUAUUAAAUGUACAAAUCUGUUAUCUAUUUUUUUUGUGGACCACAUCUAGUCUCAGUGUUGGCCCAACUGUACUAAAGGACUUUUGUGCUGGUUCUCAGACUCUGUGAGAAAUUCCAUGUUUGGUAUGUUUGGGACUUGUGCAUUUGCUGGAGGAAUUAUUGGAACCAUGUUCUCUGUAAGUUCUAAAAUUAUCAGAAUUGAGGGGAUCGUCUCACUUGACAUUUAAAAAAAAUCAAGUGGGCUGGUUUAAUGCAAUGUUCAUUUCGUCAUUGAAAUAUUAUUGGUUUAAGUCUCAAUUAGUUUCAGUCUUUUUGGGAUACAGUAACUUGUAACAAAAGCAUACAAAUUUAAUUAAAUGUCUCCUUGUAGCUUAGUAAUAGUAACCAUAUUGCAGUUCUUUGGAGUGUUUCUACUAUAAAAAUGCUACAAUCUUACAAGUGCGAAAUAAGUUUUACAAUUUUAUGAUAUUUGUACCGGUUUCUUAAAUUUACUGCCAAUAUUCUUUUGCAGGGAUUUCCGUAUAAAAUAUUAUAUUUAUACCUUAAAUUAGAAAAAAAAAAAAAUUAUGCCUGAAACAAUAAAUACGUGCUUAAAUAGUAUUUUUUUAAAAAUUACAGGUCUACCUCCAAGCAACAUAUGGCUGGCGCUCAGUAUAUUUUUAUCCAUCAAUUUUUGUGGUAAUCCCAUUUUUGGUUACAAUUUUUAUGUUACAGAAAAUAUUCAAAUUAGUCAUCUGAACGUAAACACGAUUUAAAUAGUUAUUUUUUUAAAAGAAUUGAGUCCUUUUUUUGUCCAUUUACAUUACAAAUUUCAUAUUCUUUUAAAAUAUUUUUAUUUUGUUUUUUUCUUUUCUUCUAUCCUUUUACAAAAAAAAAAUCUUACCAUGUUCUAUUUCAUAACCUUAUAGUUCAUCAUGGGGCUGUUGGUGUUGAUACUGUUCAAACAACCCGAUGAACUUGGUAUUGAAGUUCCAGGAAGAGGUAGAUUAAAAAUAAACCCACCUAAACAUGGCUUGUGCCUUUGUAGAUUAAAGUUGCAAAUGGGGCAGUUUACUACACAUGCAGUUAUUUUAACCUGUGUACAUUGUGAAGAAGGCUGCAAAGAUAUUACCCAUGUGCAAUUUAAUAUCUUUACUUUAAUCCCCCCAACAAUGUCUUAAUUUUUUUAAUAGAAUAGAUAAAAAUUCUAGUCAAUCCAUUUCUUCACAUCAUAAAACAUUUGAGCUUUUAGCAAGACAUACUCGGCAACAAUAUUCAGGAGAGGAAAGGAAAAAAAACAGUAAUAUUUUGUGAUUCAUGAGAUAAUUAAAUGAUUUGUUAUCCUUGUUGAAAAACUUGGUGAACUGAUUCUAUGUUUGGCCCAGGUGUGGACAAAGCCAAAGAGGGAGAAAAGACAGGAGCUCUGGUGGAACAGCCAAAAAUGAUGGAUUUAUGGAGACUCCCGUGAGUUGAUGUACCAGGAGAGUUUGUUGUAGUUGCAGCCAAAAUAAUGUAGGAGAUAAAACUGGAGAAAAAAAAAAUAUGCAGAGCAUUUUGGUGUUUCAUUUUUUAAAAAAUGAUGAAAGUUGUUGCCAACAUUAAAUAAUGUUAUAACUAUUGCAGGUUAAUGGAGUUGUUAACUAUAAUAAUUAUGUUAUUAAGAGUAUCUCAAGGAUCAAAUAAUAUUGAAGGAUUUUUCACAUACCAUCACAUACUUGCCAGCUGAUUAAUUUACUCAUACUUCUAACAUUUCUGUACAGACAAGAUCAUUUUAUAUACCCCAUGAUCACAGGGGUUAUAAACGGUUUUAAAAAUACUGACUUCCUGAUUAUGAAAUAAAAUUUUACAAGUCCUUAUCAAAUAACUGUGUGGUAUUUUAAUUGUUUUGAUAAACAUAAUUGUGUCCUUUGAAUGUGUUCUUUUAGAAUGAUCGCUGAAGUGUCUGUGGCUGUGUUUUGCCUCAAAGUUGUUCGCUACUGUAUGUAUAUGUGGCUGCCUAUGUACCUGCUUCAGGCUGUAAGUAUCAGGCUUAUCCAUUUUAAAUAAUAAAUAAAUAAACAAUUAUUUGUUUAGUUUUACAUAAAUAUCAGCCUCAGAUAAUUAUACUGUUUAAAUAAACUGCUGCAAACCUUGAAACACUGUUUCAUCCCAUUAUUGAUAUGUUGUGAUUGUGUGACUGGAAUGGUCAUUAUAUGAGUACAUUUAUUUUAUGCAUUCAUUUUUUUACAGCAGAAAGAUUUGGAUAAUUAACAAAAAUUACUAGACUAGAAAAUUGUUUAAAUGAAGAUAAGACAGGUAUAUUUGGACAGCAGUGACUGACAUUUUUUAGACAUUAUUGUACAUAUAUCAUAAUAUUUUCACUUUUAACAAGAGAUUCAGUUUAUUACUACCCAUCAUUAGUGACUCCAGAAAAAAAAAAGGAAAAUGUUCUUGAUAAUGACCAAUGCAUUGCCUGCUUUUAAAAAAUGUCAAAUUUUUCAGUUGAACUAUUCCAAGAGCAUGGCUGGCAUCUUUUCGACGGUAUUUGAGGUUGGUGGUGUGACUGGAAGUGCACUUAUAGGAUUUGCUCUUGACCGGUAUGUAUUUCACAUCUACUUCACUGUGAGCCAGUGUUGUUAUGUUAUUAAUUGUUGUUAUAAAAUAAAUAAAUGAUUUAAAAAAAUCUAACUUGGCUUUAGGUAUGCACCAUUCACUUGCAAGCUCGCGAGCAUUUGGAGAAUUGGGUUUUUAAGUAACUCUAAAAUAUCAAUGCUUUGGAAGAAGAACUGAAAAGACUGCACUCAGCCAGAUAAUCUUAUCCAUCAUUUUAAUGAUAAUCACUUUACUACCUUGCGCAAUAAUUGAAGGAUAGUUUUCAAAACUUGUAUCUAAUCUAGAAAUAUGAAACAUUUACAAUUAAAGAGACUCAGCAAAAUUAUCAUCCCAUUUCAGUAUAAAUUACCUGAACAGUGUUAACUUUUUCCAGUUCUUACAAUCAUUUUCCAUGCAUGUUUUGUGUUGUAGUUAUUACAAAGGACAGACUCUGAGGGGCAUUGGCUUGUUUGUACUGAUCUCUACCUUAUCACUGGUCAUGUUUGUCUUGACCAGUUCUUGGGGUGUCUUUGUCAACUCGCUUUUCAUGUUCAUUGCUGGCGCUUUCAAUGCUGGACCAGAUAUUCUAUUAUGUGAGUACCAUGAGUAAAAAAAAAAUCCAAUGUUGCCAUAACCAGACCAAAUACUUUUCCCUUUAUAUAUACAAAUUGUAACUUAUGUUGUUUAAUCAUUUUGAGACUCAUACCUUUAAAAAAAGAAUUAUCUUUUUUUUUUCUACAAAUAAAAUAGUAGUGCCUUCACUUGUAACAUUUCUCAUCACUUUUUCAAAAUAAAUUUUAGUCUUUAAAUUAAACAAAAUAGUACUUUCAGAAUUAAUGCCAUGUGGAAUACUAUUUUUUUUCAGGGUUUUUGUGUGCACUGGGUCAUAAAAUAGUGCAAUUUUUCAUUUAUUUUUCCCCAGGUGGCACAGUGCCUGCUGAUCUUGUAGAGAAACACAACAAGAAUGCUGCCACUGCAACCAUUGGGCUUGUGAAUGGUAUGUUAUUCAACUCUCUGAGGUUUAACUAAUAACAUUGAUCAAUUUGACAGAAAGAUGAGAGUGAUUUUUAUAUUUCAAACUAUGUAUUCAGAACUUACUAUCUUACUUUGAACAUUUACAAAUUUUAAAAAAGAAAUAUCCUUCAGUAUUAAUUAAAUAAUACUUUUGAUACACCUACCCUUUUUUUAAUUUGAUUAUUGGCCUUUAAUGUCUUUUAACAAUACUGUAAGCAAUAGUACACAGAAACAGUAUAUUAUAGAACUAUGUGAUUCACAGUUGCAAUAUAUUGAUAAAAUUAUGUAAUUGACAGUUAAAAUAUAUUGAUAUAACUAGAAAUUUGUCCUUCACAGUUAAAAUAUAUUGAUAGAACUAGGACUAUGUGCUUCACAGUUAAAAUAUAUUGAUAGAAAUAUGUGCUUUUUUGAAGAAUAUAUUUAAUUACUCCCUUUUGUCAAGAAAGGUUUUCUAAAACGUCUAAUCUUCAGCUCUUGAUUUCCGUUGGCAGAUACAAUUUAGAAGAAAAAAAAAAGAAAAUUGAAUUUUUUCAAUAUUGAAUAUUUCUACCUUGGACUCUUUUAAAUAUUAUAAAAUUUUUAUUUUUGCCCUAGGUUUUGGCAGCAUAGGUACCUGCAUAGAAGGACCAAUCAUUGGCUUAGUCACUGCUUACACUGGCUGGUCAGGCAUGUUUCCACUCAUGAUUGGAUUGUCUGCUUUUGGGACAUUGGCAACCUACCGGGCUGCUUCAAAAUAUUCUCGAGUAAACUUGGCAACAACAGACUACAUUGAAGGAGUUUAGCCAAGAUGGUUUGUGAUAUCUCAGCAUGUUUCAUUUAUUUUUCAAAGAGGGUCUAUGAAUUUUUUUUAGAUGUGUGCAUUUAUGUACUUUUCGGGGUCUUUUGAUUUGAGUUCAAUUUCUUAUCCAUUCAGUGGAUUCAGGUCCACUUUGAAACUAAAAUAUCUUACUCUGAGGGUUGCUACGAAAGGUUUUUGUCUCUCUUUUACAUUGAAUAAUUGAAUCUUUUUUUUUAUAUUCAACUUUGUGAUACAAUCCUUGUUCAAUAUAUAUUUAUAAUGUACAUGUUAUUUGAGAAAAACAAAUGAACUCGAUUCCAGGUGUGUGGGCAAUUGUUUUUGAUGUACAAAAAUAUUUUGAUAAUGUCCUCUUUUCAUCUUUUAUUACAAUUUUUAUCCACACGUUAUAUCUAGAAAAUAACAUUUAUAUCCAUCUGCCAAUUUAGCCCUGCUCAAGGCAAAAUCAGUUAUGCCAACAAACAAAAAAUGAAAAACUUGAUUAUAUGACAAGUUAGUUACUGGUGCCUGAUAUUUUCAAGACAUAAUGACAUCGUCCAACAAAUCUCUUAUCAGAAAUAUUUUAAAUAAGUUUCUAGUGCAGAUAGAAAAACAUGGAUGUGACCUGCUGAAGGAAAUGGUGUCAAAUGGAGCAAAAAAUUGCUGCAAAAACAUUUCAUCUGUGUAUUAUCUGUGCCAAAAAGGUGCCAUUGCCCUGUUAACACAAGAGCCAUUAUUUUAUUGAAAGCUUCUUAUAGAUUUGUUACAGGGUUGAUUGAUUUUACCCCAAAGUAUUAAUCACAAUAUUUGCUUGUUUCUAAAUUUAGUUUGAUGCUAAAACAAUCCAAUAAACCACAAUCAGUAUUCCAAAAUUUAAAAAAAAAAAAAUAUUUUCGUUUUCAUCACGUAUUUUACAGUGUCUUUGCUUUCCAGAAAUCAUUGGUACAUAACAGCCUUUUAGAUGACUUAUGUUGUGUUUAAUGGAUUAGGUUUCCAACUACUAAGCAAACUGAAAGAUGUUAAAUGGGCUGGCUAUAUUGAUCAGCCACAAAUAUUUAUUUUGUAUUUUGCUUUAAAUAUAUAUUUUAAUAAUCAUGAGUUACAGGUCACUUUUCCAAUAUUUAUAAGGAAGGUCCCUUAUAAAUCAAUUGUCAGAUGUAUCAUUAUCAGCAUAUUAGCCAAAACAACUAUUAGUGGUCACAAGCAUCACCAUGAAGGAGACCAGAUAUGAUUUUUUAAUAAACUCUGCAAUUUUUUUUGUUAAAGUUAAUUCAGGAAAAGUUAUAUUUUUUCAUUAGACCUUAAAUUAGAAAAAAAAAAUAAUGUCCAAAGUUAAUUAAUUUUUAAUGUGCUGCUGCAUCUCGAAGAUUUAAAGUAUGUAUUUUAUUCAAUCAGCUAUUAUUACUGCCUUGAUUACUAAAAUUUUGUUGUAAUCUCAGCGAUGCAAUAUUGAAAACACAGUUGUAAAUUUGUUGAAAGCUUUUCACCAUUCCCUGAACAAAUGGUGAUUUUUUUUGUAUCUGUUGUUCGUUUGAUUAAAAAUAUAAUCUUUACAAAUAAUAUUUAUCAAAACAAACUUUUAAAACACGUUUUCCCCCAAAAUUGCAUGAAAAUGUUUUAUUUUUCUCAUUGAAACACAUGUUAGUGAUUUGCUGUUCUUAGAAAUUUGAAGGAAGUAAUCUAUUGCUGUCUCAACAACAAAGAACAAUUAUUUGUAACCCGAUCCUAACAUUUCUAAACCACAAGUACCAUUAUGGGCUCUAAAAAUGUAGGGAAAGAUUGUCUUAAAAAAAAACAAAACACAAAUCAAUCAAAUUUAUGCAACGAUUUUUUAUUAAGAUUUUAUGCUCUACUCUAUUUUUAAAAAGAAGUAUUGAUGAUCUAAUUUUUUAUUAAAUUUUUUAAUUUGCCAUCAAAUUACCUUUUCCUAACGCGUGCAAUAGAUACCUUUUCCCAACCAUAAAUAUUAAG